UCAUCAACGUGAUGACCAAAAACAAAACAUUCACUCAUUUUCUCGUAUUCUCAUCAUUCAGAAAACACACAAAAAUUUAUUAAAAUCCAAUGGCUGCAAUGAAUACCACGCCUGACUCCGACCGGUAUAUACCAGCCACUGAUAGGAUCGGUGGCUUCGCUUACGGGCUAGGUGUCUCCAUUGGUAUACUUCUCCUCAUCACCACAAUCACCCUCGCUUCUUAUUAUUGCACGCGAACUCAUAUCUCCGCCUCUCCCACGACCACACAAAGGACAAGACGCAGGCAAAGACAGGUCAAUGUAACUUCACUACCAGGCGAAGAACGUUUUCAUUUGGACGGAGACGAUCAAAACGACACCGUGGUGGUCGAAAUCUUGGGACUAAACGAUGAGGAAAUCAAGAGUUUCCCUAAGCUUCCUUACGAAGAGGCUCGCGUGAGUUAUAGCUUGCAAAAGGAUUCCACUGCGACGUCGUGUUGUUCUAUAUGUCUUGCGGAUUACAAGAAGACAGAUAUGAUCAGGGUUCUGCCGGAUUGUAACCAUUUGUUCCACGACAAGUGCGUUGACCCUUGGCUCAAGCUUCAUCCUACGUGUCCCGUGUGUCGUACGUCUCCGUUGCCGUGUCCGGCGAUGACACCUGUCGCCGACGACUUUACAUUUUCCCGCCGGCCGAUGGAUAUCUGACAUUUUUCCUCUUUCUUUUUUUUUUUUUUAUAUAUGUUGAUUCUUGUUGACAUUUAAUAGAGUAUAUUAUCUUCAACCUGUAAAUUUCACGGGUGUUAUUUGGU